AAGUACACGUGCUACCCGGGAUUGUAUGACGUAAGAUUGCACCGUAACCUAUACUUUCUUUAUUUUUCUUGUAAUUAUUUCUUAAAAAUAGUAAUUUAAAUAAUAUAUCAAAAAAAUAAUGACUGUUGAAAAUACAGAAAAUAAAGAAAAAUCAAUAUUUGAAAAAAGUAAUAAUACUGAAGCUGAAUAUUCCGAUCUUUAUCCAGGACGAAAAGAAAUACGAUCUCGUACUUGGCUUGAUAAACUUUUCUUAAAAGAAAAAAGAGAACAAUUAGAAAAAACACAAUGUGAAAUUAAUGUGUACAACUGUGUGCAAGAUAGUUCUCUGGUUAAACUAAUGUUAGGAGCAUUAAAGGGAUCUGGAUGUGAAGUUGAUCUUGGUCGUCAUAUUGUAUGUGAAGUAUGUGAUGAAACAGUUACUGGUGGUUAUGAUCCAGAAACAAAUCAGAUUAUAGUUUGUCAAAAUACUGCUCGUACCAAAAAUUAUGUUCAAAGUACUUUAAGUCAUGAAAUGAUUCAUAUGUUUGAUUAUUGUCGUAAUAAAUUAGAUUUAAAUAAUUUAGAUCAUUUAGCUUGCACUGAAAUAAGGGCAGCUAAUCAAUGUCAUUGUAGUUUUCUUGGUGCAUGGUUCAGAGGAACUGCCUCACUUUUUAAUAUUAAAAAGGCACAUCAGAAUUGUGUUAUAGACAAGGCUGUUAGAUCUGUAGUUGCAAUAAAAAACAUAUCAAAGGAUGAAGCCACGGAAGCUGUAAUGCGAGUUUUCGAUAAAUGUUAUAAUGAUUUGGAACCAGUUGGAAGACGACUUCGUAGAAAUUCAUUGGAUAUGGAAAAAGCAUAUUAUGAAGGGACAUAUUAUGGAUAUGCAGAUUAAAUAUAAAAAUUUUUUCUAAGAGUA